AUGUCCCCAUCCCUGACCGUUGGCCUGCCAGGACAGGGUAACAGGGGGCUCCUCUCUCGAGACCAAAUGAAUUGCGAGUUGCCACAACCCACCGCUGCUAAGGGGGCCAGUGGAGUGGUGGGAUUCUGUCGGAUGCUCCACAGGGUUGUCCACCCUGCGACCCCUACUGGCCAUCCUGGUCACUGCACCUACCUCAGGAAAGACCGGCCAGUCGUGGCGCCGCUGUUCCAGGAAACGGACAUGGGGGGGUUCUUAAGCCUGCGCUCUGAGAAUGUCCUCGUCCUUGCACUGGGCAUCAUCAUCCUGGGUGUGUGCCACUACACACUCACGGUCAAGGGCAGCCACCUGGCCACACACGGUGCCCUCACCGAGUCAAAACGCUGGAGCAGGAUCUGGGAGCUUUUCUUUGUGGAGGUAUGCUCGUCCUUCUCUGCAGAGUACGGCAAGUAUGGACACGUCAAGAUGCACCAUGGUUACACCAAUGUGUUGGGCCUUGGGGACUCGAGCACGUGGAGGCUGCCUUGCCUCAACCGCUACGUGUACAUGUUCCUUGCUCCUCUCUUGAUCCCCGUCCUCACCCCAUUGGUGGCUGUUGAGCGGCUGAGAAAGGUGGAGCUCAGGUCGGCUGUGCGGACGCUGGGCCUGAUUUCCCUGGGCCUCUAUGCUCACUACUGGUUGCUUCUGAAUGUGUCUGGCUUCGGGAGCCCCGGCUCGGCCCUGCUGUGCAUGUUCACCACCAGGUCCCUGCUGGCCCACCCUUACCUCCACAUCAACAUCUUCCAGCACAUUGGGCUGCCCAUGUUCUCUCGGGACAAGAAGCCUCAGAGGAUUCACAUGAUGAGCCUGGGUGUGCUGAACCUGCCCCGACUGCCUGUACUGGAAUGGGCGUUCGGCCACUCCAUUGUCAGCUGUCACGUGGAGCACCACCUCUUCCCCCGGCUCUCUGACAACAUGUGCCUGAAGGUGAAGCCCGUGGUGUCCCGGUUCCUCCAGGAGAAGCGGCUGCCUUACAACGAGGACUCCUACCUGGCUCGCUUCCGGCUGUUCCUCAGUCGCUAUGAGGAGUUCAUGGUGCAGACCCCUCCCAUCACAGAGCUGGUGGGAUUGCAGUAA